CGCUGCCGUACGCGGAAUCGGCCUCGAUAUCGUCCACGGCCGCGGCACUGCGUAAUGUCCAUUCAGCGCAAUUCUGCGGCUUCUGCCAUGUCUCGAUGAUCGCCAUCACAUCGGGAUCCAGCCACAAUGUCUUCUGGACAAUCAUGAACCGGGCGAUCUUGAUCACCCGGGACAAAAUUGGCGAAUAGCUCUCAGGAUCCCGCCAGCUGAACUCCCCCCGGUCCAGCACGGCCAUGGCGCAUAUCAGCACACUCUUAUACUUCUGGGCAUGGUAUAUCUAGUUCAUCAGCUUAAUGCAAAACUCUAAACAUGCCUACUCUAUAUCACUCAUUAUCCACUGCUUGCGCUUGGGAUUGCCCUCCCCGGAAUCUCUCUCCUGCUCCUCCCUCUCUAUAGAGAAACCUGCGGUAGCUAUCUACCACAGCUGCCGCUAUUUCUUCCGCUGUCGCGGUAUUAUUCCAUACAGUAGACUCUUCUCCAUACACGGCACCUGGGUGCAGGCAAUGAACGCUAAUAUUUGCUGCCAUGGCUGGACAUACUUGGCCACGCUGUCCGCAUCCAUAUAUACCAGCAACAGACAAUACGGGGUCUGGCCCUUCUCAGACCGCACGGCUUCAAUCCGGAUAGCUUGCCCGGUAUGCUACAUGGUCCACUGGCUCUUGCGCACCAUGCCUUCCAUGGCCGCCCAUAUCCGCCGCACGCCCUGCUCCACGGGGUUGUCUGUAUCAGGCAACAGGAUGGCCACCAUGGCGCGUAAUAUCUUGAAAUCGCUGGGGGUAGUAAACUCCUGCAAAUACUGGGUCCACCCGGUUACCUAUAACCAUAAGUUGGCAUCGCGGAUCUCUCCGGUCCCGGUUAAACUGGUCUAGAUCUUCAUCGCCUCCCAUGUCUCGGUGAUUUGCUGGAUUGCCUGGUUCACCUGCUCUGUAUGCACAGGAAUGUACAGUUCUUCCUCAUGGCCCCC